AUGAAGCGAUCAGCCCCGCCUUUGAAAUCCCUCGCCGUCGUAGCUACUGAAAUCACCGCCAUGUCUUCUCCGAUUCCACACCGUGGCGGUAGAAAGCCUUGGGCGGCGGGGAGAGGCUUCUCCGACCGCCAAUACCGUGGCGGGAGAGGCUCACAUGUCUUUGCCGGAGACUUACCAGACCCUAAUUACUCAGGGCUUGGCAGAGGGGGAUGGCACGGUUCUUCGAAUCAAUGGCCACCGCCGGCAUACUUACAGAGCCAAAGCCAACAGUUCCGGCAGCCGUCUCCGCGUUACUACUCAAACCAGCAUCAAUUCCGGCCACCUCCACCCUUCGUUCAAAGUCAGAACUACCAACAGUUCCGGCAGGCUCCGCCGUUUGAUCGGAAUCAAGGUUUCCGCCCCCAUCAGCAGCAACAACAACUCCCGCCAAGGCCGCCGAAGGAAUUGCUUUUCCGGAAUUGGGAGUAUGCAAAUGUUUUUCCUCCUCCAAAUGCAGAGAGAUUCAGUGUUCUUUCUUAUAAUAUACUGGCCGACUAUCUAGCCGUCAACCACAGGAGCAAACUUUACUUCCACAUACCUCAGCAUAUGCUGGCUUGGCAAUGGAGAAAGAGAAGUAUAGUUUUUGAGCUUGGCUUGUGGAAAGCAGAUAUAAUGUGCUUUCAGGAAGUUGACAGAUUUCAGGAGUUGGAAGAUGAGUUGAAGGGAUCAGGGUACAAAGGGAUCUAUCAGAUGCGGACAGGCAGUGCUACUGACGGUUGUGCCAUCUUUUGGAGAGAAUCAAAAUUCAACAUGGUCCAUGAGGAAUCUAUUGUGUUCAAUAAGUUCGGACUGCGGGAUAAUGUUGCUCAGAUAUGUGUGCUGGAGUCAAUAAGUCAAAGUUCGAAUUCUAUUGCAUCAACUCUCUCUGCAAGCUCAGCAGGUUCUAAUAAAGUUGUUGUAUGCAACAUUCAUGUGCUGUACAAUCCUAGAAGGGGUGAAAUAAAGAUCGGUCAGGUGAGAAAGCUUCUUGAAAAGGCUCAUGCUGUGUCAAAAUUGUGGAAUGAUGCUCCAGUUGUUCUUUGUGGCGACUUCAACUGUACUCCAAAGAGUCCAUUGUACAACUUCAUCUCCCAACAGAAGUUAGAUUUGUCUGAAGUCGAUAGAGAUAAGGUAUCAGGACAGGCUUCUGCAGAGAUUCGAGCUCCUACAAGGACAGUCUAUUCUGGUGCUAAACCCAAUCAUAGUUCUAGUCCUGGGACUCACUCGCCCAAUACUUCAGUUGAAGUUCUACAGAGAAGGGAAGAAUCAGAUUCUAGAUCUAGUAUGACUGUGGGUCAAAGUCACGAGUCAAGUAAUUCUAUAGAAGAUACCCGAAGAAACUUCAAGGAUCUCUCAUUAUCCCAUGAAGUAUCUUGCUCUGGAAGCAGAUCAUUUCAUUCUUUACAGCCAAUUUCUGACAGUACAAGUGUAUCUAUUAGCGUCAACCAAGGAGAAGAUAGUCUAGAAUCCGAAUUUUCACAAGUGUUCAGCAAGUUCCAGUCUGAAUUCUCCAUAACUGGUGAAGAUGAAAGCAGCUUUCUAGCUUCACUGCAUGAAACUAACGAUACCUUCUCUGAAAUUGCAAACUCAGAUUUAGAUCAGUCCAGUGGAGAAUUUAGAACGGGUCCAAAUGAUGAGUCUAAGGUGCAUUCGCCAACCAAUGAGUUAGCCAAUGAUUUUUCUGAGAAUCAGAACUUAGUGGAAGUUGUUGAUGAGGUUACUAUCUAUGAUCCAUCGAUCUGGACACCAACGGAAAUAGCUACUGCUACAGGUGACGCAGACUGUACCUGCUUACAGCAUCCUUUAACUCUUAGAAGCGCUUAUACACAAGUUGAGAACCAUUCAGGAACAAGAGAUUCCUCUAAUGGAGAACCUGAGGCGACUAGCUACAACAGGCAUUUCUUGGGCACAGUUGACUACAUAUGGUUUUCAAAAGGUCUGCAGACUGUGGGUGUACUUGCUCCGAUACCAAAACGCGCGAUGCAGUGGACAACUGGGUUCCCGACAAAGAAAUGGGGGAGCGACCAUAUCGCGUUGGUUUCUGAAUUGGCCUUCACUCCGACUGGCAACCUAGAAGAAGUUGCCCGACCAUCACAUGCACAAGAAGCAUCUGAUAAUGGAGGCGGCCAAACAUAA